GUACGCGCAGUCCUUUCGCCUUUCUUGGUCAUGCGGCAGGUUUGUGUAUUGGGAUGCGGCGCACUGGGUACAGUGCUCUCGAAUCUGGUCGUUGGGAAUUUGUCCAAACUCUCAGGCUACAAUCCAAAGGUGUUGUGGUAUGUUCGUGAUGAGGAAUAUUCGCAGAAGCGUCUCAUCGAUGUGAUUAAUACAUACAGAGAAAAUAAGAAGUACCUUCCAGGAGUUAAGAUUUCUGAUGGUGUCGUCGCCUCUAGUGAUGCGGCUUGUGUUGCAGCUGCUGCGGAUGUAGUUCUUUUUGCUUACGCCACUCGCCAUGUCACCGAAAUUCUUGAAACGGUGAAGAAACACCUCAAGAAGGAUGUGUUGUUUAUUUCCUUCUCAAAAGGUUUGGUGGCACCCGAAGGAAAGACCCCAAUGGGCCAGGAAGAUAUAUGGUUGGUGAGUGAGGAGGUUCGUAGGAUCACUGGUGUGGAGGCGGUGGUCGUCAGCGGGGCUAUGACGGCUCAUGGACUUGCCAAGGGCGAGUUUACUGAUGUCACUCUUGGCUCGUCGAAUGAACAGGCUGCAGAAGAGGUUAAGAAAAUACUUGAGACGGAGAACCUUCUCCUUACAUGGACACCUGAUGUAACGACAGUGGAGAUAUGUGGCGCCUUGAAAAAUAUUCUCUCGGUAGCCGCGGGCAUCGUGGAUGGUUUAAAACUGGGGACCAACACUAAGUCAGCCAUCAUUCGAUUGGGGCUCUAUGAAAUGGGCCAGUACUGCCACUACAUGUAUGGCAAAUAUGAUACGCGUCAGUCAACUCUUCUUGAAAGUUGUGGGGUCUCAGAGCUGUUUAAAUGUAUGCUUCGUCAGAGCGACCUGAUGCCCGAGGUAGGCGACGAUUGGGACGUCUUCAACAUUCUUAUUGGUCGAAGGCUCUCCGAUCCGAAGCACUCAAAAAUGACAGUGGAAGAGAUCGAACAGUCUCUUCAUCCUGAUUUUGUUGCCUCUGGACCCGAUACGGCAAAGAAGGUGAAACAGCUCACUAGAUUCUAUGCAUUCCGAUCCGUAAAACCUUUACCAUGUUUACAAGUUGCUCGUUUCCUUGCACACGAUCUAUACGCAGCUCUCGUCCAUGCACCUCUGCGAGCGGUAUCCACUCUUCACGGCCGUCCAUUUGAUCUGUAUCCGAUCUCUUUCGGCAAAUAUGCUAAUUCCGAUGUUGAGCCAUCAUCCUGCACACUUGUGAGCCUCUCCUUCCCUUUGCGCUGCUUGUAA